CGAGCGCUUUGUGACCAGAUGCGGAGCCCAGCGGAGGGCGCGAGCCAGAUGCGGGGCGACAGCUGACUUGCUGGCAACGAGGCGCGGAGCGCGCGGGUGGUCCCCGCGCCGCAGACUUCUCCGCGGUCGGUGGCUGAACACCUCAAGAUAACCUUCCCACAAUGAAGGCCUCUGCUGUGCUUGCCCCUGGUGUCCUCGUGCUCCUGUUUGCCUUGGUGCAGAAGAGCGGUGGGGAGUGCAAAGAGGCACUCGCCAAGUCCGAGAUGAAUAUGAACAUGAAGUACCAGCUUCCCAACUUCACUGCAGACACACCCAUCCAGAAUGUCGUCUUACAUGAGCAUCACAUUUUCCUCGGUGCCAUUAACCACAUUUAUGUUCUCAAUGACAAAGACCUUCAGAAGGUUGCUGAGUAUAAGACUGGGCCUGUGUUGGAACACCCAGAUUGUUUGCCGUGUCAAGACUGCAGCAGCAAAGCCAAUUUGUCAGGUAGCGUUUGGAAAGAUAACAUCAACAUGGCUUUACUUAUUGACACGUACUAUGAUGACCAGCUCAUUAGCUGUGGCAGCGUCAACAGGGGGACCUGUGAGCGGCACGUCCUGCCGCCUGGUAAUCCUGCUGACAUACAUUCGAAGGUUCAUUGCAUGUACUCCCCACAGGCGGAUGAUGAGCCCAGCCAGUGUCCUGACUGUGUGGUGAGCGCCCUGGGAACCAAAGUCCUCCGCACUGUAAAGGACAGGUUCAUCAACUUCUUUGUAGGUAACACCAUCAAUUCUUCUUACCUUCCAGGUCAUUUAUUGCAUUCAAUAUCAGUGAGAAGGCUAAAGGAAACGCAAGAUGGUUUUAAGUUUUUGACAGACCAGUCCUAUAUUGAUGUUCUACCUGAGUUCCGAGAUUCCUACCCCAUUAAGUAUGUCCAUGCCUUCGAAAGCAACCACUUUAUUUACUUUCUGACUGUCCAACGGGAAACUCUGGAUUCUCAGACUUUUCACACAAGAAUAGUAAGGUUCUGCUCUGUAGACUCUGGGUUGCAUUCCUACAUGGAGAUGCCUCUGGAGUGUAUUCUCACUGAAAAGAGAAGGAAGAGAUCGACCAGGGAGGAGGUGUUUAACAUUCUUCAGGCUGCGUACGUCAGUAAGCCUGGGGCCCAUCUCGCUCAGCAAAUAGGUGCCAGCCCAAAUGAUGACAUUCUUUAUGGGGUGUUUGCACAAAGCAAGCCAGAUUCUGCUGAACCAAUGAAUCGAUCCGCCGUCUGUGCGUUCCCGAUCAAAUACGUCAAUGAAUUCUUCAAUAAGAUCGUCAACAAAAACAAUGUGAGAUGUCUCCAGCAUUUUUAUGGACCCAACCAUGAAUACUGCUUUAAUAGGACACUUUUGAGAAAUUCAUCAGGCUGUGAAGUACGCAGUGAUGAAUAUCGAACGGAAUUUACCACAGCUUUGCCCCGCAUUGACUUAUUCAUGGGCCGAUUCAACCAAGUCCUCUUAACGUCCAUAUCCACCUUCAUUAAAGGAGACCUCACAAUUGCUAAUCUUGGGACAUCAGAGGGUCGCUUCAUGCAGGUUGUGAUUUCUCGAUCAGCAUUGACAACCCCUCAUGUGAACUUUCGCCUGGACUCCCAUGCUGUGUCCCCAGAGGUUAUUGUGAAGCUCCCAGUAAACCAAGAUGGCUACACUCUGGUUAUCACCGGGAAGAAGAUAACCAAGAUCCCAUUAGAUGGCUUGGGCUGUGAACAUUUCCAGUCCUGCAGUCAAUGUCUCUUAGCCCCUGCCUUUGUGCAGUGUGGCUGGUGCCACAAUAAGUGUGUACGAGCCCAGGAAUGCCCCAACGGGACGUGGACUCAAGAGAUCUGUCUGCCGACGAUUUACGAGGUUUUCCCAACUAGUGCACCCCUUGAAGGAGGGACAACACUGACAGUAUGUGGCUGGGACUUUGGAUUCAGGAGGAAUAAUAAAUUUGAUUUAAAGAAAACAAGAGUUCUUGUUGGCAAUGAGAGCUGCACCUUGACCUUGAGUGAGAGCACAACAAAUAGCUUGAAAUGCACAGUUGGUCCUGCAAUAAAUAAGCCUUUCAAUCUGUCUAUCAGUAUUUCAAAUGGUCGAGGAAUAGCACAAUAUAGUACAUUUUCCUAUGUGGAUCCUAUAAUUACAAGUAUUUCUCCAAAUUAUGGUCCUAAGGCUGGUGGCACUUUGAUUACUUUAACUGGAAAGUACCUGAACAGUGGGAAUUCUAGACACAUUUCAAUUGGUGGAAAAACAUGUACUUUAAAAAGUGUGUCAGAUAGCAUUCUCGAAUGUUAUACCCCAGCCCAAAGCAUUUCAACUGAGUUUCCUGUCAAAUUGAAAAUUGACUUAGCCAACCGAGAGGUCUACGGCUUCAGUUAUCAGGAAGAUCCUAUUGUCUAUGAAAUCCAUCCAACCAAAUCUUUUAUUAGUGGUGGAAGUACAAUAACAGGUGUUGGAAAAAACCUGAAUUCAGUUAGUGUCCCAAGGAUGGUAAUAAACAUCCAGGAAGCAGGAAGGAACUUUACAGUGGCAUGUCAACAUCGCUCUAACUCAGAGAUAAUCUGCUGUACAACUCCUUCAUUACAACAGCUGAAUCUGCAUCUCCCCCUGAAAACCAAAGCUUUUUUCAUGUUAGAUGGGAUCCAUUCCAAUUACUUUGAUCUCAUUUAUGUACAUAAUCCUGUGUUUAAGCCUUUUGAAAAGCCAGUGAUGAUCUCAAUGGGCAAUGAAAAUGUACUGGAAAUUAAGGGAAAUGAUAUUGACCCUGAAGCAGUUAAAGGUGAAGUGUUAAAAGUUGGAAAUAAGAGCUGUGAGAAUAUACACUCACAACCUGAAGCCGUUUUAUGUACAGUGCCCAAUGACUUGCUGAAAUUGAACAGCGAGCUAAAUAUAGAGUGGAAGCAAGCAGUUUCUUCAACUGUCCUUGGAAAAGUAAUAGUUCAACCAGAUCAGAAUUUCACAGGAUUGAUUGUUGGUGUUGUCUCCAUAUCGAUAAUACUCUUAUCAUUACUCGGGCUUUUCCUGUGGCUGAAAAAGAGAAAGCAAAUUAAAGAUCUGGGCAGUGAAUUAGUUCGCUAUGAUGCAAGAGUACACACUCCUCAUUUGGAUAGGCUUGUAAGUGCCCGAAGUGUAAGCCCAACUACAGAAAUGGUUUCAAAUGAAUCAGUAGACUACCGAGCUACUUUUCCGGAAGACCAGUUUCCUAACUCAUCUCAGAAUGGAUCAUGCCGACAAGUGCAGUACCCUCUGACGGACCUGUCCCACAUUCCAUCUAGUGGGGACUCUGAUAUCUCCAGACCGUUACUGCAAAAUGAUGUGCACAUUGACAUCAGAGCUCUAAAUCCAGAGCUGGUCCAGGCGGUGCAGCACGUAGUGAUCGGGGCAAGCAGCCUGAUUGUGCAUUUCAAUGAAGUCAUAGGAAGAGGGCAUUUUGGGUGUGUUUAUCAUGGGACUUUGUUGGACAAUGAUGACAAGAAAAUUCACUGCGCUGUGAAAUCCUUGAAUAGGAUCACUGACAUAGGAGAAGUUUCCCAGUUUCUGACUGAGGGAAUCAUCAUGAAAGACUUCAGCCAUCCCAAUGUUCUCUCGCUCUUGGGAAUCUGCCUUCGAACUGAAGGGUCUCCUCUGGUGGUCCUACCAUACAUGAAACAUGGCGAUCUUCGAAAUUUCAUCAGAAAUGAGACACACAACCCAACUGUGAAAGAUCUUAUUGGCUUUGGUCUUCAAGUAGCCAAGGGCAUGAAAUACCUUGCAAGCAAAAAGUUUGUUCACAGAGACUUGGCGGCAAGAAACUGUAUGCUGGAUGAAAAAUUCACCGUCAAAGUUGCUGAUUUUGGUCUCGCCCGGGAUGUGUAUGAUAAAGAAUACUAUAGUGUGCACAACAAAACUGGUGCAAAGCUGCCCGUGAAGUGGAUGGCAUUAGAGAGCCUGCAGACUCAGAAGUUCACCACCAAGUCAGAUGUGUGGUCCUUUGGUGUGCUUCUCUGGGAACUGAUGACAAGAGGAGCUCCUCCUUAUCCUGAUGUAAACACCUUUGAUAUAACAGUUUACUUAUUGCAAGGAAGAAGGCUCUUACAACCUGAAUACUGCCCAGAUCCCUUGUAUGAAGUGAUGCUAAAAUGCUGGCACCCUAAAGCUGAAAUGCGCCCAUCCUUUUCUGAACUGGUCUCCCGGAUAUCAGCGAUAUUCUCCACGUUCAUUGGGGAGCACUAUGUCCAUGUGAACGCUACUUAUGUGAAUGUCAAAUGUGUCGCUCCAUAUCCUUGUCUCUUGUCGUCACAGGAAAAUGUGGAUGAUGAGGUGGACACAUGA